AUGAGACCGCCUCGCCGACACCACGCCCCAGCGCUCCAAGCGGGGACGGACCUCGUUGGCGAAAAGUAUCACAUCAGGAGCCACGAGGUCAGCGACGACUACCUCGACGUCUACGUCGUCGCCGACGCGCACGGCGCGUGCUUCGAGGCGCAGGCCUUCGCGCCCGUCGGCGAGAUGCCGCGGGAGCGCGAGGGCCUCCGCCAGGCGCGGCGGCGGCGCAUGCGGCGCAUCUGCCGCUCGCCCAACUUCGCCGACGAGUUCGAGCACGACGGGCGCCGCUUCCUCGUGUCGCGGGUCCAGCGGAGCGGCAAGGAGUGGACCGACCUGCAAGGGCUGGGCCGUCGGCAGGUGCGCGAGUCCUCGCCGCGGGAACGGGGGCCCGAUGACGGAGAGGUGGCGAAAGUUCACCCGGGCUCUGGUGGUUCCGGGACCGGACGGUGGCCGUUGAGCUAUGCGGAGGCGGCCAUUGCGAGGACUCAGGAGUUUUCGGAAGGCACAAACCCGCCGGCGGAGAGGAGGCCACUGGGUUAG